AUGAAACAUCUCUAUAAGGGACUUCAUAUAUUAGCCUUGUUCUUCAUUCUGGUAUUUUCCUUCGUAAAUUGUGACUCUGUAAAAAAAGUAGAGCUUUUUGAGCUUAGCUCAAAAAAUUUUAAUGAAUUCAUAUAUGGCUUUGAUCACAGCUUAAUUAUAUUUUAUAGUCUGGAAUGUCCAGUGUGUAUUACAAUUAUAGACUCUUUUACUAAACUACUGGAUAAACUAAGGGAAAGAAACGUUAUGGUUGGCAAGAUUAAUGGCGAGGAAAAUUUAAUUUUAUUAGAAAAGUACCAAAUUCAAGAUUAUCCUACAAUUAAAUUCUUUAGAAAAACUCGUGCUGAGGAAUAUUUUGGAGGUAAAGAGAUUCAUGAGAUUUUGCAGUGGGUAGAUGAUCAAAUAUCAUAUCCUGUAACAAUUAUUAAUAAUAGCACUUUCUUAAGUAAACAAAAUCUAGAAGAAUUAACUGAAAUGCAUGGAAUAAUAUACAUUAUGCAUGGAAUAUCAAAUAGUAGUAGAUUUGAUAAUUAUAUUAAAGUAGCUGAUUUUAACCGUGUUUCUGGAAAAUUCUAUUUUAUACCCUCAAAUACUAUUAAUACAACCAUAUUAGAUAUUGUCAAUGUAGUUAAUGAUACAAGCUUUAACAAUACUAAUUUAUAUAACAAAAAAGAUUCAUCUGAAUGGUUACUCUGUCUUCGUCAAUAUGAAUCUAAAGUAUAUAUAUAUGAUGGAACAUUUGACUUGCAAAGUGAUAUAGAAAGUUUUAUACGUGCACAUAAUAUUCCUUUAUUUGGUGAAAUAUCAGGUAAAAAUUACAUUAAAUAUGCAGAUGUACAAUAUGAUUUAAUAUGGCUAUUGGUCCCAAUGGAUAAAGAUAAAGCUAUUCAAAGUAUUCAACCUUAUAUCAAGAUGUUUGUAGAGCUUGCUAAGGAGUUUGAAGAUGAAUAUAGAGUUGUUUGGUUAGAUACUGCAGAACACUCAAUGCACCUAAAUACAGUUUUAUUAGUUGAGCCUGAGAUGCUCCCAACAGUUGCAAUUGCAAAAUCUAGGCCUUAUAUUUUACCACCAAAUACUGUGAUAGACUUGGCUACAAUAAGACAAUUUAUUAUAGAUGUAAAUGAUGGUAAAGUUGAACCAAAAUUACGAUCAGAACCAAUCCCAUCAUAUAAUAAGACAAAUAAAGAUCAGAACUCAGAUUUAAUAAAAUUAGUUGGUAAUAAUUUCAGCUCUAUGGUUUUGGAUGAUGAAGAAAAUGAUUGGCUAGUUAUUUUAAUUACCCCAUUUUGCCAGCCAUGUACAGAUACAGAAAAACUACUAAAAAAGAUUAAAGGUGCAAUUAUCUCUACUAACAAAUCACCUAUAAAUUUUGGAUUUAUUGAUAUUAGUGAAAAUGACUUACCUAAAGAUGACUUCUACUCGAAAUCAAUACCAUCCAUUUUCUUUGUGAAGGCAAGGCAAAAAACACCUAUACACUUUAUCAACGAUAAAGUUAGUUAUCUUAAUAUUAAGAAAUUUAUAUUAGAUUCAACAUCUAAUGAUAAAGAUUCCAUUACAUUUAGUGAUCCUCCUAAUGUUAAUAAUUUGGUAGUUACAUUAUUUCCAGAUUUUGAGCGAUUUGGAGAUCUAGAUAUGUUUGAAAGUGAGCUCUCCAACUUCGAAAAUACUAAUUUUAGGGAAGAAAAUAUAAAAGAUGAGCUCUAA